AAAGCUUAUUUAUUUAAGUAAAGAUGGUAGGUAAGGUGUUGCCUGUGCUGGCAUUAGUUUAUUUUGUUCUAUAUGCCAGUUUUUGUAGUGCCCAAGUGCCAAAAGUCCUAUUACGGCAAAUGCCGUCUUUCCAGUCAGCUAGGAUGAGUGAUCAUGUGGCUCAGAGCCAGUUAACACAAUCAGGAGCCAUUCAGCAAGAAGGAAACCUGUCUCAGGUAUCUCUCCCAGAGACUAAUCAAUCAUGGCAGCAGAUCCAAAAGGUCUCUGAAGCUUCACAGCUCUGUGAGGUGGCUGAAUCUUCCCGGGUGGGUUGUGGUGAACCUGGCAUCAGUCCUGCUGACUGUGAAGCACUCGAUUGCUGUUAUGAUAAUAGACUGUGUAAGCAAGCUUACGAUGGCCCCAUGUGCUAUUAUGGAAAGGCAGUCACUGUGCAGUGCACCAUGGAUGGGCAGUUUGUAUUGGUCAUAUCCAGAGACGUCACAAUACCAAGCAUCAAUUUGGACAGCAUCAGUAUCCUGGAGGCUACUGGUGGCCCCUGUACAGCUGUUGACAGCAAUGAUGACUUUGCCAUCUACCAGUUCCCAGUCACAGCCUGCGGUGCUAGAACAAAGGUGGAAGGUGACUUCAUUGUUUAUGAGAACACUAUGGCAUCAUUGUAUGAAGUGGGUUUUGGUCCUCAUGGUGCAAUCACAAGAGACAGCUCUUUUGAGCUAACGUUCCAGUGCAGAUAUUUGGCUACAGCAGUGGAGGAUUUAGUGGUAGAUGUGAAGACUCUUCCUCCUCCUCCUCCUGUGGUUCAGCAAGGUGCCCUGAGAGUGGAGCUCAGGCUUGCUAAUGGGGCGUGUACCUCUAAAGGGUGUUCUGAUGCUGACAUGUAUAGCUCAUACUACACAGAGGCUGACUACCCUGUGACAAAGGUACUGCAGGAUCCAGUUUAUGUGGAAGUACGCAUACUGGAGAGGACUGAUCCUAAUAUCGUCCUUGUGCUGAACCACUGCUGGGCCACUAGUUCCCCAGAUUCCUCAAGCGAACCUCAGUGGGACCUGCUGGUUGAUGGAUGUCCUUAUGAAGACGACCGCUACCGGACAACUCUGGUCCCUGUCAGCACGUCUUCUGGUCUGCAGUAUCCAACUCACUACAGGCGCUUCGUUGUGAAGAUGUUUACCUUUGUUGACAAGAACUUGCUAAUCCCUCAAAAGGAACAGCUCUUCAUCCAUUGUAGUACUGCUGUGUGCCAGCUCUCAGCCACAGAGUCCUGUGAACCAAGCUGUCAUAGGACAAGAAGAUCAGUUUCAGCUACACAGGAUUCUGGGAAGAAAGUCCUAGUCUCUAGUGGUAUGGUCCUCUUUAUUGCCGACUUGCCAGUUUCUGCUAAGAGCCAAGCAGAUGGUCCUGAGCAAAUACCUCAGGGUAUCGGCUAUGGACUGUAUGGUGUAGCUGCUCUCACGGCGAUGAGUGUCUGUGUGCUCCUGGUGGCUGUUCUGAGACGAAGGCCGAAACAGCAUCCUCGUCUUCAGAUUACAAGGCUAUAGUGAAUAAAGUGACUCUCUUUAACAAACUGCCUUGGUAUGAUUUUAAUAAAAGUGCACUGAUUACAACCAA